AUGUCCCUUGUUCCGCACACGCAAGAGCUGCAGCGGGAGGUGGAGGCGCUGCAGCAACUUCGCCACUCACUGCAUGACGCCUACAUCGUUGAAGACAAGGCGGACCAUCGCUCUGUGAGGAGCGCGAGGAAGCCGCUGGCGUCCAUUGAUAUGCGCCGCACCGUGGACGCGCCUACCUUGAACGUGCUCAAGUCUCCCAACUACCCCUUCACCCUUUGCGAGGAGGCGCCGCCGUCGUACGUGCCACCGCCGGUGCCGUACGACGUCGAGGGCGAAAUCGACUCUCUGAAGCAGCGUGUGCUACAGGUGCAGGAAGACUUCCAAUGCUACCAGAAGCGGCACAGCCGCGGCGGUGCGCCACUGUCGGCCUCGCAGGUGCUUGACUUCUUUAGCCAAAGCAAGGCCUACGCCGAGAUUGCGUGGGAGGUGUCGUCGCUGCAGUGGUUCUACCGUUGGAUCCUCUCGCACUCGAUCAGUCACCUUUGGAACUGCAAGGAGCAGCUCGAGUACGUUCUCACCGACCACGACGAAAGCCUACCGCAGACGGUGGAGGAGAUGGAUGCGUGCCUGCAAGCGUAUCCUUUCGCCACCGCCGUCUCAAUUCUUGACAGCGACCGACGGGCGGUAGUGGCGCAGGAGCGUCGCCGUUUGCGAUCCGUUAGCCGCAUUUUCCGGGAGAACGUGCCGUCGAUUGCGGUGACGGCAGCCACGAGCUGCUACCUCACACCGGAGGAGAAGUACAUGUACCAAGAGUUCUUUAACCAGUCGGAGCACAUGAUUCUGCUGCUCAACCACACCUUGUUGCUCAACGAGGCCAACAGCGCAUCCGCUGCGGCGCUGCAGUCUCGCACAGAGAGCGGGAGCCGCGGUCUGCUGUUUAACUCGCAGAGCCGAGCGCACGGAUACUUGCAGGACAGCGAUGCGCUUUCCGUGCCGAGCGAGCCCGCCAUUGGUGUGAUGGACACUGCCAGUCUUACCAAGGAGACUCUCAAUGCCGUAGCCGCCGAGCAGGAAAUGAUAACCGCUCUGAUGAAAGCGAUCUGCGAGCGUCAGCAGCGCGGCGAGUGUUUUGAGGUGUCGGCGGCCGAGGGCGAGCGCACCCGUGCGGCUCAGGUCGCCGUCUACGGCUGCGUGCUAAGCGAUAUGAGUCUCAUGGCGCACCAGAUGAGCCUCACGGUCGAGUUCAUGGAGCACUACGAGUCGUGGCUAAAGCUGUACGGGUACGACUCUCACGAUCAGCUGAUGACUGCGCUGUCGAAGCGCAGCGGUGGCACGGCGUGGCCGACACUUAGCAUUUACGCCGAAUACAGGGGCGCGGACAGACACAAUCACUUUGUGCCGCCGACAGAGUCCCUGAUGCGCUACUACCGCCCACGAGAGAAGGCACCGAGGGAGGCUGUAGAUACCAAGGGCAAACCCCCCGCCAGCGAGACGUGCAAACCUGUUGGCCGCAGCGUGGCCCCCUCAGGAGGUGACUCUGGUGGCAGUGCCCCCUCAUUCCCAUCUGUACCCUCCGCGGCGGCCCCUUCGAAGGCAUCGGCGGCGGCGAACGCUGUGAAUGAGCACAUGGUUGUCUCUCCAGCGUCCAUGCCUCUCUCUGCGUGUCAGGAGACGGAUAGCGAGGUGGCGAACGCCUUUUACUCUCUUCUCAUCCACGCCAACGAGGCGGUGCGCAAGAGUCGGGCGACCGGUGCCGAGAAGGACGACGCUGUCGAGCGCACCUGGCUGACCGCGUGCGUGCGCUACGCUGUCAUCAAGAUGCUUCGCCGUGAUUGGAGCGCUGCGGACGUGGCCAAGGGUAUGCUCACCGCAGAAGAGGCCCUGCUCGCCGUGGUGGGCCGCAAGGGUGCUUUCUCUUGCAUGAAGUCCACAGCCGCGGCUCUCUGCGUCGUGGUGAAAGAGGUUGCGCGGCUGUGUGCUGCCCGCAGCUCGCCACCCUCCCUCAUCGCCGAGGUGCCUGUUGCGGUGCACAUACCGGACGACGUGGACAACUACGCUAAGGUGGUGGCAUACGUGACGAACCCGGUGGAGCAGCAGCGGUGGGGCUCUUUGGUGGAUGCCAUAUGGUUCCAGGCGGACCCCUCGUCUGCGUCGUGCGGCGGUCUCUUGUUUCACCCGACGUCGGCGGACGGCGUGUUGACGGGCCCGAUACCCUGUAACAAGCAGAGCGCCGUUCAUUUUCUGUACAUGGAGGCCAUUUGCAUGCCGCCCACUGCCGUGGCCAGUGGUGUGGUCUCCGUGGCGUUGCGCUAUCGCAUACCUCGCAUGUCACCGGCGGCGGACACGAGUCGGCGUGUGGCACCGACGCUGGCCGCCGUGUCUGACGCACAGCCGUCGAGCAGAGGUGGCCUCUCUCGCUACUACCUCGCGCGUCGCGUGUUGAUGGCGCUGUUUGAAAUAGAGGCGAAGGGCCUUCUUCCCUGUUUCGCGUGCCGCCUGUCGGAGGUGAGCGUUGCGCCUCUUGCCCAGAUGGUCUACGUCGCCUUUGAUGACGGCAACACGAGUUCUGUGGUUGACAAGAACCAUGUGCCGCACCUGUGCAUGCUGCCACCGGCGGCAAUGGAGUUGAAGCGUAUGGACACCAAAGUUGGGGCGGCGCCGGUACCAAAGCGCCCAACCGAUGCGCCUUACGCCGCCUACGCCGAGCCCAUCAACUUUAGCUCCAUUGGACUGCUUGUUGGUGGUGCUUUAGAGGACAUGGCCUCUCGCGCGCCAACUCUGCACGACCUUUACAUGACCGCUGCCACGGUUCUGGAGCAGGCGAACUUCGAUAUCAAGAGUGGCGCAACACCCAAGGCGUUCGCGAAUGCGAGCACGCACCCGAUUCCCAUUGCGUGUGCGCCAGCGAAAACGCGCGCCAUGAGUAUUCAGCAUGAGCCAGUCAUAAACCGCAAUUCUGCCUCGAUGGGGCGCUUCAUCUCGCCGUUGCUGCGUCACGUAGAUGACAGGAUUUCUUCUUGGGAGCUCGGCGACGGCAUAAGCAGCGUCGGCGGUGUGUCAAACAACGCAAGCACCAACACCCAGUCCUCGGUGUGGACGCAGCGUGAUGCGGCAGCACCAGAGCCGGCGUCUUUAACUGGUCGCCAGACCGAACUGGUCGGCCGCAUCGACACGGCAUCGCCGUCUCCAUCGGCGGUGCGGCCCAACCGACGCUAA